CUUCUCACCACCUCUCUCCGGCUGCUGCAGUUGUGGUCCGUGGAUGUGCCUGCCUGGACUCUGAAUGUCUAGUCAUCCUCUCCAAAAUACAUGACGCUUUUUUCACGAACGUUGCGGUGUCAGGCAGCAUUCCGUCGGUUUCCUGUUGAGCUGUCAUCGCCUGGUGCACCUGGAACUUUCAAUAAUAUUAGAAAACUGUCCCAGACAUUUUCAAGAACUUCUUGUCGUGCACCCGUUGAGGCUGUUGCUGUGAGGGGGAAAAUGAAUAACAACAAUUACCCUCUGGAUUACUCUCGUGGCGGUAUCAAGGAGUUCAACCAAAGGUUCUUGGACAGUGCUGCUCGUGGUGACCUUGCAGAAAUAAGCGGUUUACUGGGUGCUGUGGAUAUCAACGUGAAAAGUGAGAGAGGAUGGACGGCUUUGAUGUUUGCUGCACGAAAUGGACAAACCCAUGUCAUAUCCAUACUUAUAGAGAGAGGUUGUGAUGUAAACUGCUUGAAUGCCUCUGGACAGACUGCCCUGGAAAUCGCUCGCUUCUGGAACCACAGUGAGGCUGCUUCUGUAUUGUCUCAGCAUAAACAGGGUGUGGAGUUCGACCAAAUCCACAACUACUUCUCUCUCAACCCACUGUAUAGGGCUUCAGAAAUGAGGAAAGAUACCGCAGGUCUUCAAGCAGCCAAAAACAACAUGUCCACGAAAUUUGUCUUGUUCUCAGAUCAGAAGCCCUUCUUAUUGAGGUCAGAAGAGCCUUCAAGAAAAUACAAAUUUGCUGUUUUCAACAUUAACCAGCUGGGCACAGAAUUACUUGAGAGAGGGACUGUUAUAUUCCUGGGACUUGAAACUUGGGACCCUGAUUCAAAUGCUUGGUUUGCUGUUGACAUCAAAGAGGAAUUGUCAGAUAUUGGUCCAAAGUUCUUCCCUGAAGGAAAAUAUGCAACUCCUUUCCCAGUGACAAUGCAAAUGGAACCAACCCAGGCAGGGAUUUUUGCGGAAGCACACUCUGUCUUAUGCUGGUUGGAUAAGUACAAGUUUUGUUCUACUUGUGGAAGUGCCACCAAAAUUGCUGAAGGAGGUUACAAAAGAGUUUGUCAAAAUUGGGAAUGUUCAAGUAACAAGGGUGUUCAAAAUACUUGCUAUCCGCGUGUGGACCCAUCACUCAUCAUGCUGGUAGUGUCACCUGAUAAAAAAGAUUGCUUGCUUGGAAGGCAGAAAAGAUUUCCCCCCAAGAUGUACUCAUGUCUUGCUGGAUUCAUGGAACCAGGUGAAUGCCUUGAGGACACAUGCCGAAGAGAAGUAGAGGAAGAAAGUGGCAUCAAAGUUGGUCGAGUUGAUUAUCAUUCCAGCCAACCAUGGCCCUUCCCUGCUGUUCUAAUGCUUGGGUGUAUAGCUUAUGCACGCACAAGUGCGCUAAAGUGUUCCAAACCUUAUCCUCAGGUGGACACGAGUGAGUUGGAGGAGGCUCGUUGGUUCUCUCGAGCGGAAGUGGCACAGAUGCUAGCGGGUCAACACCCACAUGGCCUCUAUGUUCCUCCUGGAGAGGCUAUAGCGCAUCAGCUGAUCAAGUCAUGGGUGGCAAGCAGCUUUUCCAAUUUAUAGGAUUGGCUUUGAAUUGUAGUUUCUGUUUGUUUUUCAUGCAUUAAAGAAAGGAUUUUUUAUGGUGGGCUAUGUCAUGUGGUACCAUUUUGCCCCCCCACAAAACAAAAAAAAUUAUAAUAUGGUUGAAUAGGCAGCUCAUAGAAUUUAUAGGAUUGGAAAGGUUGGUUUUUUUUAUAGUUUUUUUUUGUUUUUCGUGCUUUAAUAAGGAUUUUUAUAAUGGGCUAUUUCAUGCAAUACCAUUAUGCCUCCUAGAAUAUUUUUGUGAUAUAAUUGAGCAGAUUCUAAAGUUUGGAACUGGAAAUGGAGAGUUGAUUUUUUUGUGUACAUCAACAUUAUUUCUUGAAGCUGAAAGUAAAUAUGUGUGACUUUUGAUUUUACUCCUUUUCUUAAAAAACCACCACAGGCACAACUCACAUGUAAGCUUCUGCUUCUGUCGUCAGAACUAAAUCCACCUGCUUUAGAUGAAAAUUCUUAUGCUGUCAAGAGAAUUAUCAGUCACUGUUAGGUAUAAGCCUUUGAAAUAUAAAUCUGCAUAAAGAUAAUGAUGAUUUGUUGGAAAGACAGGGUACUGAACAAUCAACAACUUGUUCUCAUAAUUUGUUUGAAUCCUGAAAAAACUCUAGAAAACAUCCGAAUUGGCUUGCUUCGGACAUAUAAUGAGGCAAGAUGGUUUUCCAAAAACAGUGCUGAUAAGAAAAAUAGAAAGAAAGAGAGAAACGUUAAAGGAUCAAGAUGUCAAAGGACAAAUUAUAUAAAAGACUGGACAGGGAGCAGAAAAAAUGCUGGCUGAGUGCAUGACAAUGGCACAGGACAGAUUGGCUAGGAGAGGUGUGGUUCAUCUACCUCAGUCCUGGGACAACACAUGAUAACAACAACUACAACGAAACCUCUGUGUGCUGAGAUGUAUAGGUGUAAUGUUUUCUUCGAUAUAUCGCCUCUGCCUUUCUUCUUUUUUUCCUCCAUAUUCUAACUUCUGGACCAAGUGUGCUGCCAUUUAACAUAACAUUUUUGUCUAGUCAGAGUUAAUGAACAAAUUGGAAAUUGUAAGUACUUUAAGUCCUCAAAGUUGAAUUAUAGGGCUAGUUGUAAAAUUUGUUUUGUGUUCUUGUUCAAGAAUUUGAUACGGCUACUGUGACACUUUAUUGCUGAAUAAAUGCUAUGUGAUUUCCAUACUUUUCUUGUAUUGAGCAAUCAGGAAUUUACUUAUCAGACUUUUCUUUGUAUGAACGCAGAAGUCAGGAUUAUAUUACAUGUUGAUCAGAUUAUUAGGAUAUCAAAGAUGAAAGUCCUUCAUAUAUGUUUUUAUGGACAUUCAAAAGGUAUCCACUGGUUGAUUCUUUAUUUCUUCUUUCGUGAUCAUAUGUGAUGUCAAGCAUAAUGUAACUUAUCGUUGAUUGCGUGCUUCCAUUUAUCACAGUAAACAUUUAAUCAGUGGUGCUUGACUUUGAAGAUGAAUAUGAAGUCUUUAGCUGGCAUUAAAAAGAUAUGUUUACACUAUGCAAUACACAUGACUUUUUUUACUGAAUGAUUGUGAUCAAUAAAUAUGCUUACAGUUUCA